AUGGUUGGACAAUUGAUGCGUAUCCCAUACACGGCACCGCUACCAGCACCAACCAUCAUCCCGUCGGCAGCAGCUUCCGUGUCUGGUGCAAUCGCCGCCCUGACCGACUUCCUCACAUCGACGCCACAACAACAGCACAAGUCCAAGGACAAGACUGUAUUGCUUACUGGCGCUGGCAUCUCGGUCGCGUCUGGUCUGGCCGACUACAGAGGCACCAAGGGCACAUAUACUCUCAACAAGACCUACCGCCCAAUCUACUUUCACGAAUUUGUCGCCAACCAUGCUGCGCGGAAACGCUACUGGGCUCGCAGUUUCCUGGGCUGGACCAAUCUGAACAAGUCGAAACCGAAUCCUGCACACACAGCUGUGGCAGAUCUGGGACGUAUGGGCUUCCUGUCCAGCGUCAUUACUCAGAGUAAACAUNACCCCUUCCUCUGGCAGCGCACGACAAGACAACUAACAGAGACAGACGUCGACUCAUUCCACCCACAAGCCCACCCUUCCCUGCGCACCCUCGAACUCCACGGUUACCUCCGCAGCGCAGUCUGCACCACCUGCCGCACCGAGUACGACCGCCAACUCUUCCAAAACGACCUCGCUCAACUCAAUCCUGCAUGGAGCGACUUCCUCAACGAAAUGCUGGCCUCCGGCGCCCUUACUACCGAAAAUCCAGACGAGAGAAGAAGGCUAGGCCUCAAGACAAAUCCAGAUGGUGAUGUGGACGUGCCUGGUGUCGAUUAUGCUACCUUCAGGUACCCUGCUUGCCCCAGCUGUCUAGCUAAACCGCCGAAAGACAAAGAUGGCAAAAAGCAUAUUGUCGAGGUUGAUGUGGAUGGUGCGUGGUUGGCUGGAAACAGCACGGCGGGAAUACUCAAGCCGAACGUUAUUAUGUUUGGAGAGAGCAUCCCGGACACCACCAAGGUUGCUGCUGAGAAAGCCAUCGAUGAAGCGUCCAAAGUGCUGGUGCUAGGAUCCUCGUUAGCUACAUACUCGGCCUGGAGACUGGUCAAAAGAGCAAGGGAACAGGCUAUGCCUAUUGGUAUAGUCAAUAUUGGCGGUGUGAGGGGCGAAGACCAGUUCUUUGGACAUUUGUCACAGGGCAACACUGGAAAAGAGGGGUUGAGAUGUGCCCAUAUUCUUGAAGAGAUGCUACCGAGUCUUGUCAAGGAGUUGGGCCAGAGGAGUACUGCACCACUUACGGCCUCUGCGAUGGCGAGACCUUUUGUGCCUGCUCCAUGGGCAUGA